UGCAAAUUUUAGCAAAAUAAAUUCGUUUAUACAAAAUACAGAGUUUUUCCUAUCAAAAUUCCAAAAACGAAAUCCCAAUCUAGUCCGGCGAUGGAGAGCGGCGGCGAUGUAGAAGCCGGCUUCGCCAAGCUUCAAGGCGAAGAUUUCGAAUACUUCAUGCAAACCUACUCCAUAAUCCUCGGCCGCAAUUCGAAAAAUUCGGCCGUCGACGUCGACCUCUCCUCCCUCGGCGGCGGGAUGAACAUAAGCCGCCGCCACGCCCGCAUCUUCUACGACUUCCAACGCCGUCGUUUCGCGCUCGAGGUCCUCGGCCGGAACGGAUGCUACGUCGAGGGCGUCCUCCACGUCCCCGGCCACCCUCCGAUCAAGCUCGAUUCGCAGGAUCGUCUCGAGAUCGGCGACAAGGAAUUCUACUUUUUGCUGCCCGUCAGGAGCAUAUUGGGCGGGCCAAUUGGCCCGAGAAACCACGGGAACGUUUAUCAAACAGGUUAUGUGCAGCAGCAGAAUUUGGGGAAUCAGCCGCCGCCGCCGCUGCCUGGCGGUGGGGGAGGGUGGGGUGAGUAUGAUGGGGAAGGUAGUGAGGAUGAGGAGGAGGAGGAAGAAGAAGAGGAUGAGGAGGAUUGUGGGGAGGAUGCUUCGUCGAGUGGGAAGAGAAUGAGAGGUGAUGGAGGCGGAGGUUAUAGGUAUGGUUCAGAUAAGCAGGCUGAUGUGAGAACACGUGUUGAUAGAGAAGCUGAUAACCAACAGCUUCUUCAGUUACAAGAAAACGACGUCGUGUCUUCAGUGGCCUCAUUGCUGUCUGAUUUAUGUGGUCCUGGAGACUGGAUGCCGAUGGAGAAACUACAUUCCGAGCUCGUGGAGCAAUUCAGCUACGUCUGGCAUCACAGCCGUGUAAGGAAGUAUCUCACUCCCGAGGAUCAUUCUGGUCAAGAAUCCCAAGGAAAGCCGUGGUUUGGAUUGCUGGCCCUGCUGAAGAAAUAUCCCGAACACUUUGUCUUCAACACGAGAUCCAAGGGGCGAGUUGUGCUGGAAUUCGUCUCGCUAAUCUCCUGAGUAGUUACGCAGGAAACACCAGAAGAUAUUAUAUACACGCACGAGCAGAUGUCUAAACUCCUAUUAUUUGGUUCAGAUUCAACAGAAAAUAAUAUUAAUGGAUUUUAGUUUUUUGAUAUGGAAAUCCCAUGUAGAAAGAUUGGAUCUUCUUAUAUUUUGGUCGAUUGAUUGCAUUGGACGAUGCCAAAGAUUUACUGUAAAUAAGUGAUGUGGAUCUUGAUGAAAUAAAACUAAACUUAUGCAAAUUUGAUCAGUUUAUUUCCUUGUA